AUGGAUUACACUGAAGAUUCAUCAAGACAUGUCCCAGCUGAAAAGAAAGGAGCGUCCAGCAGUAAAGGGAGGACUACAUGUGUUUACAUUCCUUUACAACUCUUCCGUAUAUUAAGGACACACAGAACUGAUGUAUAUUCUGAGUUCCUGCCUUACGUUCUCACUGAUGAACAGCUACACAAGCAUGGAUUUCCUGUUGAUUCUCCUAAUCAUCUUGGACGAACAACUAUGUAUCGAGAAAAUAGAGCAACAGAUCCAACGCAACGUUGCUGCAUGCGUUGCAGAGACACUUUCUACAUAUUGGAUGAUGGAACUUACCAUUCGGAAACGUUAUGCCGUUUCCAUACUAAAAAACUGACGGCUGGAACAUAUGACUGCUGCUACGGCAAUUCUAUGUCUGAGGGAUGUACGUGGCAUUUCCAUGUUACAGCGGAACGAUCUCCCAGAGACGUGGAGUUUGUUAAAACACGAGAAAAGCAAGAGCUAAAUCGAAACCAGUCCCGCACAGUGUAUGCCCUAGAUUGUGAAAUGUGCUAUACCACGAGAGGCCUAGAAGUUGCGAAAAUAGGAAUAGUGGGCAUGGAUGGCCUACCAGUGUACGAAUCCUUUGUUUUACCAGAACAUCCGAUAUUGGAUUACAACACUGUAUACAGUGGGAUAACAGCCAAUGACCUGAGAGGUGUAUCAACUACAUUAGCUGAUGUGGAAACAUUUCUGUUAAAAUUGCUAAAUAAGAACAGCAUCCUUGUGGGUCAUGGCCUCGAGAAUGAUUUGAAGAUUCAGCUACGGUUGCAAAUUUUCUCAGAGAGCUAUCCUCAAAUCAAACAAUAGGAGAAGAAACCAGCAAAGUUUUAUAAAAUCCAAAUACAAGAAUAUGGAUGACACUGAAAAUCCCUCUACAAUUGGAAAACGUAUCAGAGAACUACUUUAAAAUCUGAGAAGUAGAAAAGAAUCCAGCGGAAUUUAAAAAAAAAAAAAAAAAAAAAAAAAAAAA